UGAAUUGUUAUUAAUCCACUAUUUUUAAAUAUUAUUAGAUUUCUUAAAUAUUGUAUUUGUUAUUCAUCUGAGUGAUCUAUAAAACUGUUAUAUUACAAGUGAGCCACUGAUAAAUUUCAUAAAAAUGUCGACGGCAAUGACUUUUGGUCAAAAACAAUUUAUUCCAACACCUCCAGAGAAGGGCAGUUUUCCACUAGAUCACGACGGCAUUUGUAAGAAAACUAUGGUGAAAUAUAUGACUUGCUUAUUCAAUAAUGAAAGUAAUAACACCAUGUGCCGAACUGAGGCAAAGGAAUACCUGGCUUGUCGAAUGGAACACAAUCUUAUGGCAAAAGAAGAAUGGUCGAAACUUGGUUAUAAAGACGCCGAAUUAAAAAAUGAAACAUAGUACCACCUUUUCAUAUUAAAAAUGUGAUAUAGAUUAAGGACACAACUGUUUUAAAGUGAUUAUCAUUGACUUUAUUUAUUGUCUAGAUAUUUCCAAACCCUUUAAUAAAUUUGUUAGUAUGA